UGCUGCUGGCCGGCACCGCGACCCUGGCGGCGGGGCUGGGACCGGCACCGGGAAUGGGAGCGGGAGCGGGUGCCCCCACUGCCAUGAGGACCCUCCUGCUGCUGUGGCUGGCCCUGGCCGGAGCCUGCGCCUGGCUGCGAUGUCCCGAUGGGCAGCCGUGCCCCGCCACCCCGGUCCUGCCUGCCAGCAGCGCGGCAGCGUGCCAGGACGGCUCACCCUGCCCCACCGGCGCCAGCUGCCCGCUGCCAGAGGGAGUCCCCUGCGCCGGUGGCCACCACUGCUGUCCCCGCGGGUCCCGCUGCAGUGCCGACGGCAAAUCCUGCAUCACGUCCCCAGCCCCUCGUGCUAUCCCUUGUCCCGACGGACAGUCCGAGUGUCCCGAUGAUGCCACCUGCUGCAUGACAGCGAGCGGCACCUGGGGGUGCUGCCCCAUGCCCCAGGCCUCAUGCUGUGCCGACAAGGUGCACUGCUGUCCCCACACCACCAUCUGUGACCUGGCCCACGGGCGCUGCCUGUCACCCACUGGUGACAGUGACAUCCCCCUGGGCACCUCCUUCCCCGCCUGGAAGCGCCAGCCUCCGGCACCAGUCGUGUCGCACGAGGUGCUGUGCCCCGACGGCCACUCGGCAUGUCCCGACGGUGCUACCUGCUGCCAGCUGCCCUCGGCGCAGUAUGGCUGCUGUCCCCUGCAAAACGCGGUGUGCUGCAGUGAUGGGCAGCACUGCUGCCCGCAAGGCACUGUCUGCGACCUGGAGCGCUCCACCUGCACGUCAGAACGGUCCCUGACAUCCCUGCCCAAAGCUCGUGAUGUGAAGUGUGACGAGGAGACGAGCUGCCCCGACGGGAACACGUGCUGCCGGCUCAGCUCGGGGGCCUGGGGGUGCUGCCCGCUGGAGGAGGCCGUCUGCUGCCCCGACCACAUACACUGCUGCCCCCAGGGGGGCAGCAGUGUAUGUGGUCGGGGCAGCAGACGGCCCUGGGGGGGGGGCCGCUUGCCCUGGGUGCAGAAGACCCCGGCGCUGGCCCGAGAGAAGGACGUGCAGUGUGACGAGGAGACGAGCUGCCCCGACGGGAACACGUGCUGCCGGCUGAGCUUGGGCACCUGGGGGUGCUGCCCGCUGGAGCAGGCUGUCUGCUGCGGGGACCACCAGCACUGCUGCCCCCAGGGCUACACCUGCAACAUGGCCACCCAGAGCUGCGAGAAGCUGCUGGCACCCACCCCGCUGCUGCGAGCACCCACGUCCCCGCUCCGGGUACCUGCACCCCCCCGCCGGGCACCCAUCCUCCCGCCAGCCCUGCUGCGAGCCGCCGGUACCGAGCCCGGUGCCCCGGUGCCCUGCGAUGCUGCCCGCUCCUGCCGCAGCGGGCAGCAGUGCUGCCGGAGCCGGGGGGGCUCCUGGGGGUGCUGCCCCUUCCGCCAGGGCUCCUGCUGCUCCGAUGGCCGUCACUGCUGCCCUGGGGGGUCCCGCUGCACUGGGGGGGGGUUGGGGGUGCAGCCCCCAGCGCUGGGACCUGCCCGUGCCCCGCAGGGUGCUGCUCUGAUGUCCCUGGGGACCCUCUAAGGGUGUCAUCACCCCAAUAAAAGGUUUUUAGGACAAA